ACAGCUGUUGGGCCAGUCAGUCAGAAUUGAAACGACAACACGAUUUGUUUGCGUUGCUUGUUGCAGUCUAAUCAGAACUAGAAAAUAUCACACAAAUGCUUAUUAGUUAGCGGAAGCGGAUCGAAUAAGAAAUUGAACAUGCUGAAGGCACUCAAGCCGGACACAUUUGCUGGCAUUGCCAAUGCCAAGUGUGGGGAGGUGUAUUUCCAAAGUCUAAACAGCUAUCGCAUUGACUGCGCUUUCUGCCACAUGAAGAGCUUUGUGUUCGCCGACUUUUUGCUACACAUUCAGAAUGAGCACUUUGAGGACGGGCUGCUCAAAGCGGAGGUGAUGCUGCCGAAACAGGAGGACAUGGACAGCAGCACCUCGGCAACUCAAACAAAUUUGUUUUCCUGGUAUGAAGUGACAACCAAUGAAUACGACUUGGCUGCCAACAGCGGGACUGAGUUUCUGGGCGAGAGUAAGCAGCUGGUGGACGACGACGAUGAUGAUACGGAGGAUGACUUGGAGGAUCCCGUCGGAAUCAUGAAAUGGGAUGUGUCGACGGAGCGCCCCUACAAUGAUCACAUAGGAUCAGAUGCUGACAAUUCAGAUGCCAUAGGCCAUGAGCAGGAGGCACCACUCACGGCCACAAAGGAGCAGCUGACCUGCAUACACUGCAACAAAACGUAUCGGAGCAAGAAGUCGCUGCAGCGCCACAUGGAGCGCCAGCACAAGUAUACCGACGCCGUCUCAGAGGACGACGUGGAUGUGGACAUCGACGCAGACUACGAGCCGCCCAAGGUGCACGCACCCAAGCCCAAAUACAAGUGCGAGCACUGUGAUAAGGUCUAUCACGGCAAGUACACGCUGCGGCAGCAUGUGAAGCGGGACCAUGACAUCAGCCUGAGCGACGCCUUUGUUUGCCUGGAGUGCAAUGAGCAGCUGCCACGGCUCCGUCUGCUGGACGAGCAUGUGGUGAAGGUGCACGGCGGCGCGCCCUGUGUGAUAUGCAAUCGGCGGUACAAGACGCGCCACGAGCUGAAGCGGCACCAGCUGAAGCAUACAAAUGAGCGCGAUGUGCCAUGCAGCUAUCCGGGUUGCGAAAAGCGUUUCUUUACCACGCGCCACAUGCGGAACCACAGCAAGGUGCAUUCGGAGCAGAAGAACUUCGUGUGCGAGAGCUGCGGUUACAGCUGCCGCAACAAGGAGACGCUUCGUGUCCACUUGCGCAGUCACACGGGCGAGCGUCCCUUCGGCUGCAAGGUGUGCGACAAGCGGUUCCCCUCCCACUCGGGUCUGCGCGAGCACAUGGCCAUGCACUCGACGGAGCGGCCGCACGUGUGCAAGGUAUGCGGCGCCACGUUCUCUCGCCAGAAGGGACUCUACCACCACAAGUUCUUGCACGCAGCUACGAAACAGUUCGUGUGUAAGCUCUGUGGCAAUGAGUAUGCUCAGGCAGCGGGUCUGGCGGGGCACAUGCGAAAGCACCGCAACGACGAGCUCAAUGGCUGAAUAAUCUGUAAUCCAUUAUCUUCCAUUAUGUAGUAUGUUUGCCCUAUUUACUCGUUAUGUUUUUACUUGUAAGCACUCAGGCAUAGUUUAGGCGAAUU